GUCAAACCCGUUAGAUAUAGUUCAUUUCUUGUUCUUAAACUCUUUCUCACACACAGAACGAAGCAAUUGUUGAUCACUCGAAGCAAGCAUGGGUGGUGGAAACAGAAGAUCGAAAGGAAGAGGACGACCCAACAACAACACCAGUGGCAACGCCACUCCAAACAACCCUAAAUCCCGAAACAAAAGAGGUUCAGAUGUCAAAUCCGCAUUGUUUGUCGAAGGUGGUUUCUUGUCCGAUUGGCACCUUCCCUCUCCCACCCACACUCCAGCAGGGAGAAGUUCCGGCUCCAAUAACAAGUCCGGGAGCCAACGUAGAACAGAAGGCUCUGCAUCAAAAAGUGGGUUGGCAAAAUCUUCCGGAGCUACUAUUGGAUACAGUUAUCCUUCACUAGAUUAUCAGGAGGUAACUCGCGUUGAGACUGGGAACAGCACUAAAGAUAGUAAUCUAAAUCAGCUGCAACCUUUUGUUUUGGCGGACACCAAGCAGAGCCGAGUUACUGUUCAUGCAGACGGAACACCUCCUUCAAAACCGAAAUAUACAUACAGUUAUGAUGCAGAUUUUGUUUUGGGUGACAGCUCUCAUAAAGGUUUAGGUUUCCCUUCUGAACAAGACAAAACCCCCGGUAGCAUUGGCAUUUUGCAGGAACAGAUGCCCCAAUCAACUCCAGUUUUAGAUUCAUCAUCAUUUGAGAAGGAUGCUGGUUCUGAUGAGGGUAUGGAUUGUGAGUUAAGCAAUGAGAUGGCAGAAGACUGUUCACCAAACGUGUCUGCUGAGAGAAAUUCAGGGUUUCUGUCAAUUGGAGGUCUUAAAUUAUAUACUCAGGACAUUUCAGACGAUGAAAAUGAAGAAUAUAAUGAAGACUCAUCGGAUGAGGAGAGCUCCACAACUUCUGCACCAGAAGAAUUACUUGAGUCAUCUGAAAAUAAUGAUUCAGAAUACACAUCUGAUAGUGAUUCAGACAUUGAUGAAGAUGUUGCAGAAGAUUAUCUAGAGGGAGUUGGUGGUAGUGAGAACAUCUUGGAUGCAAAAUGGUUGCUAAAACCUGAUCUGAACGAGUCAGGUAAUGAUAGUUCUUCUAGUAGUUGCUAUGAUGAGGCAUUGAAAAAGCUGGGUGGCUUUGCCCUUCAAGAAGCCUCCAGGGAAUAUGGCAUGAAGAAAAAUAAACCAAGGAAUAAACACGGUGUAAAUUCUGGACCAAUAGCUUUGGAAAACUUAAUGACGGAAAAGGAUCCAAGAACCAUUUCUUCUAGAAAGAAGCAUUUGCCUUGGUUCACUCACUCUUGGCCUUCACAUGCUCAGAAGAGUAAAGCUUCCAAAAAAAUGCAUGGUGAAAAAAAGAAACUCCGUAAAGAAAGGAUUGCUGGGAAGCGCAGAGAAAGAAUGCUGCAUCGUGGGGUUGAUCUAGAGAAGAUUAAUUUGAAAUUACAACAAAUUGUUUUGGAGGAGGUGGAUAUGUUCUCUUUUCAACCUAUGGAAUCUCGGGAUUGUUCACAGAUACAAAGAUUAGCAGGGGUUUAUCAAUUGCGGAGUAGCAGCCAAGGCUCCGGCAAAAAAAGAUUCGUUACAGUGAUGCGGACACAGUCUACGUCCAUGCCAUCUUCAAGUGGUAGACAACGCUUGGAAAAGCUGUUGGGAGUUGAUGAUGAGGAUGCCGAUUUUUCUGUUGCUGACUAUGCAAAUAAGAAAUCUGUGAGUGGAGAUAGAAGAGGGGGAAAGAAACAUACUAAACAGAACAAUUUUAGAUUGCAAGAACUUCACUCUCCCCAGAACAAGUUCUCAGGCAGCCAUAAAGUGAAGGACAAGAGAGGGAGUGGACAAAAGAGUUCAUAUGCUAAUCAGCCUGUCUCAUUUGUAUCAAGUGGCACAAUCCAUUCCGAAACUGUACCUGUUACAGUUGUUGAGGCUGAAGAGACUAAUAGGAAGGGUGUCACUAGCUCUGCUAAUAUAGGUUCAUUUGAAGAACAUACUACUGGUUUUGGUUCAAAAAUGAUGGCUAAAAUGGGAUACACGGAGGGAGGAGGAUUGGGGAAAAAUGGUCAAGGUAUGGCACUACCUAUUGAGGUUAUUCAAAGGCCUAAAUCACUUGGUUUGGGUGUAGAAUUCUCCAACAACCCAGGUGAGCCAGCUGGGAAGAUAUCUUUGGGAGGUGCUGCUGAAUCUCUUGGUUUGGGUGUAAAAUUGUCCAAAAGCCCAGGUGAACCAGCUAGGAACAGAUUGUCCAAAAGCCCAGGUGAACCAGCUAGGAACAGAUCUUCAACAGUUGGUGCUUUUGAAAAACAUACCAAAGGCUUUGGGUCUAAGAUGAUGGCAAAGAUGGGGUUUGUUGAAGGUAAAGGAUUAGGUAGAGAAUCCCAAGGCAUCACCACUCCAUUAACUGCUCUUAGAUUACCAAAGUCACGAGGAUUAGGAGCCAAAAGUUGAUUUAGAUAUGAUUUAUUUUCUGUCUUUGUAUGUAAUUGUAAUGUGUGUUGCUUAAACCAUCAUAACUGAGACAUGUUGAAGCUUCAUAAUUGAGAUUACCAACCCUUUACGUUAGUGUCACUCCUGUAUAAAAUAAACGGAUUUUAUAAUCAAUUUUCUGUGCUAA